AGCACACACAGAAUACUUAACUGGCUACUACAUCCUACACCCUGCAUACUCCAAAGAUUAACAGAGCAAGUCACUGCAGACUACGAUAAUGCAGCGCCUCUUUUAUUUGGCAACGGUGUUGCUAUUUCACCUUAUCCCCGCGCUUGGUCACACCAACUACAAUAACCCGAUAAUACCAGGAUGGCAUUCAGACCCAAGCUGUACCUUCAUCCCUGAAUGGGAUGAUACCUUCUUUUGCACGACUUCGACAUUUCUGGCCUUCCCGGGGAUUCCUAUCUACGCCAGCAAGGACCUGAUCAACUGGAAGCUCGUCAGCCAUGCCCUGUCGCGUCCCGCUCAGGCCCCGUUGCUGCUCAACGCCACGGGACAAUCAGAGGGCAUUUACGCCUCAACCCUACGCUUCCACGAGGGCACACUGUAUCUCACUACAGCUCUGAUUUCCUCAGCUAUCGGAAGCGGAAGCGAAUUCCUCGUCUUCACCACCACCAACCCCUACGCGGACUUCGCAUGGAGCGACCCCAUAACCAUCACGACCACCCUGUCCGGCUAUGACCCGGACCUCUUCUGGGACGACGACAACGACGGCCAGCUGUAUCUCACCAUAGCGGGAUAUAACCACUCCACCACGCCGCUUAUCUUCCAGUCUCCCGUGGACGUCUCGAGCUGGUCCGCCACCUCGUGGACGUACCUCUGGAACGGCACUGAGAACGUCUGGCCCGAGGGCCCGCACAUCUACAGGAAAGACGGGCUGUACUACCUCCUCAUCGCCGAAGGGGGCACGGGUACCAGCCACGCCGUCUCCAUUGCCCGCAGCACCAGCAUCGCAGGCCCGUACGAGUCCUACGUCGGCAACCCGAUCCUCACGAACAAGAACACCACUAACUACUUCCAAACCGUGGGGCACGCGGACCUCUUCCAAGACCAAGCCGGCAACUGGUGGUCUGUCGCGCUGGCGACGCGCUCCGGGCCAGCGUGGGAGACGUACCCCAUGGGUCGCGAGACGAUCCUCACGCCCGGCCGAUGGGAUCACGGUGCUUGGCCUGAGCUUACGCCGGUGCGGGGAUCGAUGAGCGGACCCCUACCCAAACAAACCCGACAGAUUCAAGGUACAGGGCCCUUUGCAACCGACGGCGAGAAAGUGGACUUCGCGCCGGGGACAUCACUGCCCCGAACCUUCCAGACGUGGCGACCACAACAGCGGUCUUUCUUCACGGUCUCGCCCCCGGGCCAUCCGCACACGCUGCGCGUCGCGCCGUCAUGGGCGAACCUAACGGGCAAUGCCUCGUUCGUGCCGGGAAGGGAUGGGUUGGCGUUUCUCGGACGGGUGCAAACGAGCACCCUCUUCGAAUACUCGGCUACUGUACGGUUCGAGCCGGCGGCUGAGGGGGAGGAGGCGGGGGUGUCGGUGUUUCUGACGCAGGAUCAGCAUAUCGAUCUCGGGAUUGUGCGGUUGCGUGAUGCCGCGGGGAAGCUGUCUACGCACUUCCGGUUCCGCGUUGAGGCGUCCGGACGGUCUGGUCUCGCGGUUCCUGAGACGGUGGUUGAAGCGAUGCCGGCUGCGUGGCGCGGACGGUCGAUUGUGCUCCGCAUUACCACGUCGGAUGAUUCUAGCUUUGUGUUGUCUGCGGCGUUGGCAGGAGUGCCUCGGAGUGAGCGCGUACUGGGUAAAGCGAGUGCGCAGAUUGUCAGUGGUGGGAGUGGGCAGUUUACGGGGACGCUUCUGGGGGUGUAUACGACGAGUAAUGGGCGACGCGGAACUACCCCUUCGUAUUGGAGUGAUUGGAGGUAUGUGCCUGUUGCUCAGGAGAUUGAUAACGGGGUGUAUGUUGAUGCCUGA